CGGUUAGUCCUCUCUCGGCCGCCGUCGCCUCCGACAUAUUGCCCGCAGGAGCUGCGGCGGCGAGCGGAGAGCGCCGGGGGAAGGAGAUGGGAGGACGAAGAGGUCCCAACAGGACAUCUUACUAUCGAAACCCGCUCUGUGAGCCAGGAUCGUCAGGGGCCUCCGGUGGAGGCCACUCUUCUAGUGCAUCCGUGAGCAGCGUACGUUCUCGAAGCAGGACCACUUCUGGGACAGGCCUCUCCAGUCCUCCACUGGCUGCGCAGACCGUUGUGCCUCUACAACACUGCAAGAUCCCCGAGCUGCCCGUCCAGGCCAGCAUUCUGUUUGAGCUCCAGCUCUUCUUCUGUCAGCUUAUAGCCCUGUUUGUGCACUACAUCAACAUCUAUAAGACAGUCUGGUGGUAUCCACCCUCGCACCCACCCUCUCACACCUCCCUGAAUUUCCACCUGAUCGACUUCAACUUGCUGAUGGUGACCGCCAUUGUUCUGGGCCGCCGCUUCAUCGGGUCCAUCGUCAAGGAGGCUUCUCAGAGGGGGAAGGUCUCCCUCCUCCGCUCCAUCCUGCUGUUCCUCACCCGCUUCACCGUUCUCACGGCAACAGGCUGGAGUCUGUGCCGGUCCCUCAUCCACCUCUUCAGGACCUACUCCUUCCUGAACCUCCUGUUCCUCUGCUAUCCGUUUGGGAUGUACAUUCCGUUCCUGCAGCUGAACUAUGAUCUUCGCAAGACUAACCUCUUCACCCACAUGGCUUCCAUGGGACCCCGAGAGGCAGUCAGUGGCCUGGCAAGGAGUCGGGACUACUUUCUGACACUGCGGGAGACUUGGAAGCAGCAUACACGACAGCUAUAUGGCCCGGAAGCCAUGCCCACCCAUGCCUGCUGCUUGUCACCCAGCCUCAUUCGCAAUGAAGUUGAGUUCCUCAAAAUGGACUUCAAUUGGCGGAUGAAGGAAGUGCUAGUCAGCUCCAUGCUGAGUGCUUACUAUGUGGCCUUUGUACCUGUCUGGUUUGUGAAGAAUACACAUUACUAUGACAAGCGCUGGUCCUGUGAGCUCUUCCUGCUGGUAUCCAUCAGUACCUCCGUGAUCCUCAUGCAGCACCUGCUCCCUGCCAGCUACUGUGACUUGCUGCACAAGGCCGCCGCCCACCUGGGCUGCUGGCAGAAAGUGGACCCAGCUCUGUGCUCCAAUGUGCUGCAGCACCCCAAGAGAGGCGAUUCGCUCCGCUACUCCCAGCCUUUCAGCCCAGCAUCCUGGUUUGUGGCUCUACUCUUGCUGCCUCUUCCCCACCCAUUCUUUUUCAGCAACCCUCUGAGGAUCCUCAACAUCCUUUUGCUGCUGGAGGGUGCCGUCAUUGUCUACCAGCUGUACUCCUUAAUGUCCUCAGAGAAGUGGCACCAAACCAUCUCCCUGGCCCUCAUCCUCUUCAGCAACUACUAUGCCUUCUUCAAGCUGCUCCGGGACCGCCUGGUAUUGGGCAAAGCCUACUCCUACUCAGCCAGCCCCCAGAGGGACCUGGACCACCGGUUCUCCUGAGUCCCUGGGUGAUCCUCCAGACAACAUCCAUCUUCGCCCAGGGGCUUCCUGGCCAAGGGCUCUUGGGGUUGGGGGGGAGGGGUGCAAAAAACAA